UGAUAUAGCUAGCGGUAGCAAGCCCUGGGAGAAGGCACCACUCUCUUUCCACAGGAAUUGCUAGUGUCCAGGUCACUCCUAAGGAUUGCAGCUGCAGGCAUUCCAGGGAGCUGCUUGAGUCUAAAUGGAAGGAAUUUGGGGUUUUAUUUUGAAAGUCUUGGAAAGAAUGGAUGCCAGACUGGAGCAAGCUGUGCAGAAAAGGCAAGUACUGUUUCUUUGUGUAUUUCUGGGAGCGUCUUGGGCUAGCGCCGAACAGCUUCAGUAUUCUGUGGCAGAAGAAACUGAGAGAGGCGCCUUCUUAGCCAAUCUAGCAAAGGAUUUGGGGUUGGGGCUGGGGGAACUGUCAGCCCGGGAAGCUAGAAUUGUUUCAGACCAGAACACACGGUUUUUACUGCUCAGUCCGCUUACUGGAGAAUUAAUUCUAAAUGAGAAGCUGGACCGAGAGGAACUGUGCGGCCCCACAGAGCCCUGUGUGCUGACUUUCCAGUUGCUGUUGGAAAGGCCAUUUCAGAUUUAUCGUGCUGAACUACAUGUCAAAGACAUAAAUGAUAAUUCUCCAGUAUUUCUAGACAAAGAAAUACACUUGAAAAUAUCAGAAAGUACCACACCAGGGGCCACAUUUCUCUUGGAGAGGGCACAGGAUUCCGAUGUGGGUACGAACAGCCUGAGUAACUACACCAUCAGCCCCAACGAUUAUUUCCACAUUAAUGUUCAUGAUGGAGGGGAAGGGAUUAUCGUUCCUGAACUGGUAUUGGAUAAGAUGCUGGACCGGGAAGAGAUACCAGAAUUGAUUUUAACCCUCACAGCCUUAGAUGGCGGCUCUCCACCCAGAUCUGGGACAGCCUUGGUGCAAAUCUUGGUGUUGGACAUAAACGACAACUCCCCUCAUUUCGUGCAGUCACUUUACAAAGUUCAGUCACCUGAAAACACCCCUGUCGGCUCCUUGGUUGUCACUGUGUCUGCCAGGGACUUAGAUACAGGAAGUUACGGACAAAUAACCUACACAUUUUUUUAUGCCACCGAAAGAAUUCUCCAAACGUUUCGAAUCAAUUCUACAUCUGGAGAACUUUAUCUCAAACGCGAACUCAACUAUGAAGCAAUUCAAACUUAUUCGAUAACUAUUCAGGCCAGAGAUGGUGGUGGACUUUCUGGGAAAUGUACUGUGGUUGUAGAGGUAGUGGACGUGAAUGAUAACCCACCUGAGUUUCUCUUGUCGUCACUUAAUAGCCCAAUUCCCGAAAAUUCACCAGAAACUGUUGUUGCUGUUUUUAGAAUUAGAGACAGAGAUUCAGGGAACAAUGGGAAAACCAUGUGUUCCAUUGCGCAUGAUCUCCCUUUCGUCCUGAAGCCAUCUGUGGAAAACUUCUAUACUCUGGUCACAGAGAAGCCUUUAGAUAGAGAAUCAAACACUGAGUACAACAUCACCAUAUCGGUCACAGACCUGGGCACACCCGGGCUCACAACCCAGCACAACAUAACAGUGAAGGUCUCUGACGUCAACGACAAUGCUCCCGCCUUCACCCAAACCUCAUACACCAUGUUCGUCCGAGAAAACAACAGCCCCGCCCUGCACAUAGGCACCAUCAGUGGCACAGACUCAGACUCAGGCUCCAAUGCUCUCAUCACCUACUCGCUGUUGUCUGUUCAGGACCCACAGCUGUCCCUCGACUCGCUCAUCUCCAUCAACGCAGACAAUGGGCAGCUGUUCGCGCUCAGGGCUCUGGACUAUGAGGCCCUGCAGGCCUUCGAGUUCCGCGUGAGCGCCACAGACCAAGGCUCGCCCGCGCUCAGCAGCCAGACUCUGGUGCGCGUGGUGGUGCUGGAUGACAAUGACAAUGCGCCCUUCGUGCUCUAUCCUCUGCAGAAUUCUUCUGCGCCCUGCACAGAGCUGCUGCCCAGGGCUGCGGAGCCUGGAUAUCUGGUCACCAAGGUGGUGGCUGUGGACCGCGACUCUGGCCAGAAUGCCUGGCUGUCGUUCCAGUUGCUCAAGGCCACAGAGCCAGGGCUGUUCAGCGUGUGGGCACACAAUGGCGAGGUGCGCACCACCAGGCUGCUGAGCGAGCGCGAUGUGCCCAAGCACAGGCUGCUGCUGCUGGUCAAGGACAAUGGCGAUCCUCCGCGCUCUGCCAGUGUCACUCUGCACGUGCUAGUGGUGGAUGGCUUCUCUCAGCCCUACCUGCCUCUGCCUGAGGUGGCGCGCAAUCUGGCGCACGAAGAGGACGCCCUAACACUGUACCUGGUCAUUGCCUUGGCAUCUGUGUCUUCUCUCUUCCUCUUGUCUGUGCUGGUGUUCGUUGGAGUGAGACUCUGCAGGAGGGCCAGGGCGGCUCCUCAGGGUGUCUGCUUUGUGCCUGAGGAACACUUUCCAGGACACCUGGUGGAUGUCAGCAGUGCAGGGACCCUGUCCCAGAACUACCAGUAUGAGGUGUGUCUGACUGGAGCAUCAGGGAUAACCAGUGAAUUUAAGUUCCUAAAUCCAAUUGCCCCUAACUUCCUAACCGAAAGCACAGGGAGAGAAAUAGAGUAGAAACUAAACCCUUCUGCCCAUGGAUGCAGCCCUAGUUUAAACUAUGCCCUUGUUGUGUAAAGAAUGAUUUCAUGUUAACAUCUUGAAGUUAAUUUAGGACAGAAAACAAUACCUUUAUUUAUUCCUUAAAACCUUUUCUUUAAUGAAUGAAAUGCAUGUGUUGUGUGCUAUCUCGAAUUUAAUUCGAUUUCUCUUUUUGUUUUUUUUUUAAUAUUUGCUGAAUUGCAAACAACAAAUCUUAGUAGAAA